AUGGCACCAAAGAACAAGAAAGACGCCAGAAAAGGCGGUUCAGCCGCUACCGGCGUCUUAAAAGGAGAUGAGGUGCCCCCAACGGCAGUUAUAAUUGCUGAAGACAUUGCCAGUCGCUUUGAGCCGCUCACUUCCCAUGUUCCGCAUUGUCUGCUUCCUCUGGCGAACGUACCUCUCCUCCACUUCCCUCUCAGUCGACUCAUUUGCGAUGGCUUCCUAAAUAUAAUCAUUUAUGCCUGUCGGCAUGCUGAUCAGAUCAGUGCCUUUGUGGAAGCCAACAAUUAUGCCAAGCGCGUGCCAAAGCUCUCUGUAAGUGUCUUCAAUGGAGCUAGCAGCCGAUGCAUGGGAGAUGUGAUGCGGGACCUGGAAGUAAAUCAGUUGCUUCGUGGUGUAGAGGAGUUUGUUGUCGUUCCCGCGGAUCUCGUUUGCGAUGUCAAUCUGGGUGCCCUAUUGGCGCGUUUCAAGGCACUUCGUAGCUCUGAAAUGUAUACCACUGUAAUGAACCUCGUACUCGCUGAUCUGCCUCAAUUCGCGCCCCCAGACACAGAGCGCCUCCAGGUGGUCUACUCCAUGCCUGGCCGAAAACUGGUCCAAUUUGUUCGCCACGAUCGGGAUGUACCAAUUACCUGUAGUGGUGACCUCUUUCGGCCAUCGAUGAAGGCCAAAUCUUUUGAGAUCCGAUCGCGCCUACUGGAUCCUAAAAUUCUGCUCUGUAGCGGUCACGUACCGCCCCUCUUUCAGGACAAUUUCGAUUACGACUCUAUGGAUGAUUUCGUGCAGGGGGUGUUGACCAACGAAGAGAUUAUGAACUACACCAUCCUUCUAGACUUCAUUCGCCCUGACAAGGUCGUCCUUCCUGCUGCCCCAAAUCUCACCCACCUCCUUGAUAUUACACCCCGUCUUCUCACUCGCCUGGGCAGUGCCAUAAUACAGCCACCGGGUUAUCUACGCACAGAUUCGCUAGCUCGCUUGUCCGAAGGCUUGCUCAGCCACUUCACGAAGGUUUGUCACCCACCAGUUGCCAUCUCCCCCUCCUGCUACGUCUCUCGGUCCGCUCGAAUCCAUCCAACGGCCCGGCUGAUUGGUGCCUGCGCCAUCGGUGAAAACUGUCAAGUGGAGGAGAAUGUCUGCCUGAUUAAUACCUGUCUCGGAGAA